AAUAACACUAAGCCCCGCCCCCUUCCUCAGACUCCAAAUACUGCUGCAGACCGAAAGUGCCUCACAGUUUGAGCUUCAAACCUGGGACAAAAGACACCUGAAGAGUCUCUUCCCUUCACUUGAAGGACUGUAGGACAAGAGGAAAUAAUCCUACUCACUUUUAGAGGACUUACAUCCUGCAGAAAUGAUUUUCGACAAGUUAAAAAAGUUUGACAUCGUCUUCGACUCUCCGGAGGUGGACAGUCCUCCUGUGUUCAGCAGCGGGGACGUGGUCUCCGGACGAGUGGUGCUGGACCUGUCCGGGGAGAGUCGGGUCGAGUCCCUGAAGCUGCACGCUGAAGGGUUUGCAAAAGUGCACUGGACCGAGUCCAGGUCCGCCGGAUCCAGCACUGCAUACACCCAGAAUUACAGCGACGAGGUGGAGUACCUGAACCGGAGAGAGGUGCUGGUGCAGGCAGAUAACGGUGAAAUGAGCAUCCUCCCUGCAGGCAGACAUGAGUUUCCAUUCAGCUUCCAGCUCCCUGAGGAGACGCUGGUCACCUCCUUCGAGGGGAAACACGGCAGCAUCAGAUACUGGGUGAAGGUGAAGCUCCACAGACCGUGGUCCACCGUCAGGAAGAUCAAGAGGGAGUUCACCGUCAUAGAGCCCAUUGACAUCAACACACCUGCCUUACUGGCGCCACAAGCUGGAACCAAGGACAAGAUGGCACGGGCGUGGUACCGCAACUUCGGACAGGUGUCUGUGACCGCGAAGAUCGACCGCAAAGGCUACACACCAGGUGAAGUGAUUCCAGUCUUUGCCGAGUUUGACAACUCUACCUCCAGAUCAGUCGUUCCUAAAGCCUACAUCACUCAGACGCAGACGUUCAUCGCACGGGGCACCAUGAAGCAGAAGCGCUCCGUCGUGGGGACUCUGAGCGGCGAUAUCGUCGGGGCCAGGAGCAGGGAGACGUGGCACGGCCGCGCCAUCAAGAUCCCACCUGUCGGCCCGUCCAUCCUGCAGUGCCGCAUCAUCAAAGUGGAGUACAUGCUAAAGGUGUGUGUUGACGUUCCCGGGACGUCCAAGCUGUGUCUGGAGCUGCCGCUGGUCAUCGGCACCAUCCCGCUUCAUCCGUUCGGCAGCAGGACGUCGAGCGUCAGCAGCCAGUACAGCUGCAACUUGGAGUGGCUGCGCAUGGCGAUCCCCGAGCAGCCUGAACCUCCUCCAGAUUACAGCUCCGUGGUGACAGAGGAGGAGGCUGAGCAGCGCAACAACUCGGUGCUGCCUCCGCCCCCCGCUGAAGACCUGAGCGGGAUCCUGGAGCGCCCCCUCAUGGCGUUUGUGCAAGAGUUCCGCUUUAGACCCCCGCCGGUGUACUGCGAGAUCGACCCCAACCCCCAGCCCUUGAACAUGAGACCCCGCUGCAUGACGUGUUGAACCAUGAGCCCUGCCUGAGCGUCGAGCGACAUGAAUUAACCAAAACGAAUCUAGAGAUUUGUCUUCUCCUGGAUUACUUCUCUCUGAUAAAUGGCACCCGGUCCCCACCUGAGUGUCGUGGAGAGAGACCGGAGCGCCACGGAGAGGCCACGGUGCGGAGCUCACAGGAACUGGACUUAAAGCGAAAGAGCCGCCACUUCAUUUUUCCAGUACACAAAGUAAAGUGGACUCUUUCCUGUUCUGUUACGAUGAGGGAAGACUCCUUCACGUCAGUUCCUGUUCUCCCCGAGUGAUCGAGCUGCAAAUACCUCCCAAUCAACGAUUCCCUGAAGUGAAUGUAACGGUUUGGGACUUACCUUGGGGGGUGGAUCACUUCAUACGAGUCCGGUGGGGGGGUUGGAGAAACGCUCUUGACAAGGUGGCACAUGUAGAAUCACAUGGCCGUCCUUUGAGUGGCGUUUAAAGAGAAAAGUGCAAUUAUUGUCUCCAGUCUCUAACUCUCAGUAGACUUUAACUCCUCAUACUAUGGCUAUGCAUCGCGGGACUCAGCCGCAGUGUGCCUGCGAUACUUUCUACUGUUACUUAAGCAUAAGCUGUAUCCAAGGUGGUGAAGUGAAGUGAGCAGAUGGAGAUGUGUUUUCAAUGCAUGCAGGUCACAAUAUUUCAAAGGGAAAACUACGUAUGCCUUAAUUAUCUGCCAUGAGAGUUUCAGGAAGUUGUUCUCUCAGAGAUGAAGAACGUAGAACAAAAGCGCUUCAGACUGUACCGACGUGUGUGUGUGUGUGUGGAUGAGUUCCAUGAGAAGUGUUGUGUUAAUGGAAAGCUUAAAGCACUCAAAUGUCACAUAGCUGUGGUUGUUGACUUUAGUGCAGUGAUUAAAUAGGAUGAGCAGUAUGUGUUAGAGCUGCACGAGGCUCAUAGAUUAGCCCUCCCAGCUGCUAAACAAAAGGAGGACGAGGAAGAGGAGGAAGAGGAGGAAGAGGAGGACGGCAGGCCUUUGAUGGGAGCCAGAUGCCUCGGUGCUGUGCCGCUCAAGCCGAGCCUCAAGCUGGAGAUGCCACUGAAAUGUUUGUGUGCGAGGAACAUUCCAAAAACUGACUCGAGGAUUAUGUUUUACUCCUCAACUUCCAAAACAAAAGAAAAAAAGACUGUCAGGAGCACGAGAGAAGUCUUCAGGGUCAGGUGUGCGACUUUGACGUCACGCACUGAAAUAAACGAAUGUAUUUUUAUACGAAUGCAAUUGUUGAUUCACGAUCUUACCAAAGUUUUGUAAUUGAUUUUUCUAAUAAAAGAAACUCAAAGUGA